AUGCGGGUAUCUGUGAAAAAUAUAGACAAUACAAACGUUGAUGACUUGCAACUUUAUUUAAACCAUUGGACGGUGCACACUGGAGUGCUCAUAGCAGGGUCAUGCAAUCAAACGAUUAACGUACUUGAGCUGGCUUCGAGGGGCGGACUGUUCGACGCAUCGCAUAUUUGGCUCAUUCUGGAUAAUGCAACCGAUUAUGGUAAUGCAAUGGCUAUAGAUGACGCUCUGCAGCGGAUGAAUCUUAGCGUCGAUGCUGAUGUCGUUGUUGCAACUAAUAUGGGGGACCGUUACGAGCUAAUGGACGUAUUCAACUUCGGCAAGAUCCAAGGAAACAAUUUGGAAAGGAAAUACCUCGGAACUUGGAGCGAGGAAAGCGGUUUGAACGUUUCGGCGAGCACAUUCAAAUAUUAUGAUCGCUGGGACUUCCACAAUUUGACGAUGCGCGCCGUCACUGUGGUUCUAGGUCGGCCUAAAGCAUUUGAACCUGAUAUGCUAACAAGCUUGAGUUAUACAAAGGGAAUAUCGGUGUUUACAAAAACCGCUGCCCAGGUCCUUGAGCCUAUUCGAGAAACACAUAACUUGCGAUUUAACUAUACGGUGGUUGGGCGAUGGAUUGGUACAGUCACCAAAAAUGCUUCAUUAGCAGUGAUGAAUACUCUCUACUGGCACGAGCAGGAUAUAGCUUGUACAUCGGCCAGAAUCUUCUCGAAUUGGUUACAGUGGGUCGAUAUUUGUCAUCCACCUGUGGGGAAAAUAGAAUCACGAUUUUUCUACCUCAUACCCGACAGAGGGAUAGGUAACUACGAGAACCGUUUCCUAACGCCACUCUCACCGGCCGUGUGGUGGUGUGCUGUUGGCGCUGGUAUAUUCUGUGCGUGUGUGCUCGCCGUGUCAGCUGCGAUCGAGAAGCGGCCCCGGCCCGGCGUUUAUGCUGUGUUGAGCGUGCUCGGCGCGGUCUGUCAGCAAGCAUAUGAAGAGGGCAUUCAAAUUAUAGAUGAACAACUUUCCAGCCAAGGUGGUCGCCUCACCAUGCUAGUUAUAGGAGUGACUAGCAUGCUACUAUACAACUAUUACACCAGUAGCGUAGUAUCUUGGCUGUUGAGUGCUGCUCCACCUACCCUUCAGGAUAUAGAUGGGCUUAUUAAUAGUGACUUUGAACUUAUAUUUGAGGAUAUUGGAUAUACCAGGGGCUGGUUUGAGGACGCCGGUUUCUUUUAUUAUAGUGGUUAUAAAAACCCAAAAGAAGAUGUGCUGAGACUGAAAAAAGUAACUAAUGCAAAGCGUUCUAAAGAAUUGUAUCAGCCCGUUGAAUAUGGCAUUGAACUUAUAAAAACUGGAGAUUUUGCAUACCACACUGAGCCGUACACAGCAUAUCAGUCUAUAUCUAGAACAUUCGAUGACGUGGAGCUGUGCAGGCUCGGCUCCUUACCAAUGAUCAACCCUUCACCUACGUACAUUAUGACCCAAAAGCGGAGCCCUUAUAAGCAAUUUUUUAAUUGGAGCUUAAUGCGACUGAAAGAGAGAGGUCAUAUAACCGCAAUACAGGCGCGCAUAGCUGGUUUCAUUGCAAUUUGCUCGGGUAGCACGCCUCGAGCGCUUGCGCUGGGUCAAGCUGCGCCGGCCUUUGGUCUACUUGCUGUGGCGGCGUUUGUGUCUCUCUUUAUACUACUGGGAGAAAUAAUUUGGUUUCGCUGGCUUAUGGAGACCGAGCUGCAGCCCUGA